UUGUAAUUGUUCGAGCGUCCAAAAGUUUUAUUCUAGAGCGUCUUCGAAGAUAUUUCACUAAUUGUAACAGCUAUAAAACCUGCACAGRUUCAAUUUAUACUAAAGGUAUCACCUAGGAAUGGAUUCGUCACCAGAAGAGAAAUUAUCCAAGUUAUUUGUUGGUGGGCUAAGCCAUGACACAACAAAAGAAUCCCUGAAAGCAUACUUUGAACAAUAUGGUCCAGUCAAAGACUGCAAUGUAGUUUAUAAUCCAACCACGAAAAAGCCCCGUGGGUUUGGGUACAUAACCUUUCAAGACCACAACUCCGCACAACAAGUUCUUAACAUAAAAAAUGAAAAUGGACCACAUGUAAUAGAUUCAAAGCAAUGUGAAGUUAAGAGAGCUAUUCCUAGGGAUGCAAAAAGCGAAUUCUCUCAUGAGAAAACUGACAAAAUCUUCAUUGGUGGUUUGCAUGAAGAUGCUACGCAAAAAGAUGUCGAGCAAGUUCUCAUCGAACAACUUGGACACCCGCCCAAGUCUAUCUCCUUAAUGCUUAGAAAAGAGGACAGUUCCAAGAACAGAGGUUAUUGUUUUGUUGAGCUUCAACUAACAGAUGAUGCUGACACAUUGUAUUGCAUAAAAAAUAUUGACAUCUUGGGGAAGAUGGCAGAAAUCAAGAAGUCCAAUCCACAAGGYCGAGGGGGUGUUAAAGCUGCAGAUGCUUUCAAGGGGGCUGCUGCAAGCCCUGCUAUGGCUGGUGGUUACCAUUAUCCAUCMCCCUAUGGUGCUGCUGCCUAUGGGGGGUACCCACCAUAUGAUCCAUAUGCAGGAUACUUCUACGAGAGYCCUAUGUAUAGUGGGUAUGGCUAUAUGCCAAGUUAUGGCGCCAAUGGGUACAGUGGCAUGGGGAUGUAUAAUAACCAAUCAGCAUCAAGUUUUGGACCAUCAAAGGGAGGUACUGGCGCAGGCCGAGGGUUUCGUCCUUACUAAURCAUAAUGUAAAUAUAAGGUUGCUAGACAAGUCUUAUGAUCAGCCAUAGUAUAAGAAGCCAUAUCGACGAAUUAGUAAUCCAAUAAGGACAGGAAUAUCUACAAACUAUUUUUAUAGGAGCUCAGUUUCUUCAUUACUUGUAUGUAUUGUUUUUAUAUAAGACACGUGACUCUUAUUAAAAGUACUCUUUCAUCAUU